UGUUUGAGUUGAAACAUCUGUUAUUGUGCUAAUAAACAUAAUAUGCUUUGUUCUUUUGUUUCAUCACGUAUGGAAGCUUCUGAUUUCUCUCAUCCUAUUUGAGCUUGCUUUCCUAUUUACAUGUUUAUUCUCUUUUAUGCAUACUCCUCAAAUAAUGACAUUUACAAUAUAAUCAAAACACACUCAAUUGCAUAGAAUCUCCAAACUUGAUUCCAGAGAAGACACUAGGUUUAGUGGACACCAAACUCCUUAGGAAUGAUGAGGAUUAAAUAAUCUGAUUCAAAUAGGUCCAAUUCUAACCCUACAUACUAUGAUCUACAUGUACCUGACAAAAUGAAAGCAAAUGAGAAACUUAAAAGGCUUCAGCGAAGAAAAGAAAAUUGAUUACUUUGGUAAAUCAAGAAGUUCGUUAGCAUCCAUGGGAACGGUCUUCGUCAUCAUAGCAACCGCCCAAUCGCCCAAGGGGGCCAAGAAGCCAAAUAAAACCCUUCUCUUCGCGGCCUAAGCAACAGGAAGAAGAAAGGUUGUCGAUAGCGAACGCGACAAUAUAUUUCCUUUUUUCGUUUUCAUCCCCCUCGAUCUCGAAUCGGACGGACGAGUUCUCACUUCGCGAUCCAGAUGUCUGCGGCGGCUAUCGCCUGCAGUAGAGGCGCCGCCACGUUCGGGUUUCGUUGCUGGUCGCUGAUGCGGCUGCCGGCGGCGCAAGUCGGGUACCCUCGGUCCAAUUUAUCGCUGCUGCAGCGCUUCACUUCGGACGAGAGCAACGGGAGUAGGGCUUGCCUUAUCGACACGCUCGCUCUGGUCAAGAAGUUGGAGAAGGAAGGGGUCCCGUCGAAGCAAGCGGAGGCCAUAACGAAGGUUUUGAACGAGAUCGCCCACUCCCUUGGGUCCAAGCCCGAGAUACAGAGGGAUCAACACUAUCCAAUGCUGCAACGAGAGACUGAAGAAAAUCUUCGAGUUGAUAUCAAGAAAAUGCGUAGUGAA